UAUAAUACAUACAUAAUAAUGGUACAAUCAAAGAGAAAUAGAGUUGUCUCAUUGACAAAGGUCACAAAGAACCCAGGCGAGAAGAAGAAGCGCCUGGUGUCCACCGUCAGAGAGUGUGUGGAGCAGUACGAAUACAUCUACCUGAUAUCAUUUGACAACGUUCGCAACAACCAUCUGAAGCAGGCACGUGCCGAUUGGUCCAACAGCAGAUUCCUCUUUGGAAAGAAGAAGGUCUUGGCCAUCGGUCUCGGUCGCAGUGAUGCCGAGGAGAACAAGCCCGGCUUGCACAAGUUGGCCGCACAACUCCAGGACUCUGGCGAGUGCUGUCUAUUCUUUACCAACGACUCUAAAGACACUGUUUUAUCAUACUUCAACACAUACAAAGAGAAUGACUUUGCAAGAGCUGGAUUCAUCCCAGAGGAGACCAUUACUAGACCAGAGGGCAAGAUUGAUAUGCCACACACUCAGGAGACCUACCUGCGUAAGCUGGGCAUGCCUACUUCGCUGAAGAACGGAGUGAUUUUAUUGGAGCGCGAGUUUGAUUUGGCGACUGCCGGCGUCGCCCUCACACCAGACCAAGCCAGACUGUUGCAGCUGUUCGACAUGAAGCUGUCAGACUUUAAGUUCAACCUGAUUGGCUUCUGGAACAACGGAGAGUACACAAUGCUGCAGGAGGAUGUCAAGGCUGAGACCUCUGGCGACAAUGAAGACGAGGACAUUGAUGAGGAG